AUGCUUAAGAGCCAGAAGAGCAUUGGUAAUGUAUUGGGCCUUUGUAAAAUCUGACUUAUUUUUUAUUUGAAGGUAUUUAACCCAGGUUUUGGUGCCACUCUAUGCAUGUACAUCUAGUGUAAUGAGUGCUAAUCCAUUCACUCACAUUUAAAACCAUAUCCAUUUUCUAUUUCAACUUUUCAUUUCCCUUUUCGAUACAUUUUUCUAGAUUGGUGCCUGACGGCAAAUCAGUUUAUAGAUUUCUAAAAACAAAGACCAGAUCUAAUGUUCAGAUAACAAUAAGCCUUUAUUUUGUCCUCAGGCGGGAAUGCGGUUUUCUAUAGACCAGUUGGAGGUACUACCGAAAUAAGAAGCGGAUAUCUCUACAAGUCACCUCCCCCAAAACGGUUGAAGGCAGAGGUGACAGAACUAUGAAGUCAUGUUCAAAAAUACCCUGCACCUCUUAUUCUUUCUGUUUCAUUAAUUAUUUCUUUGUUUCCUUGUUCCGUACGCAAAAGUCAUGGAAGAGGCGGUACUUUGUCCUGUUCAAAAUCAGUGAACAGGAACACCAACUGAAAUACUUCAGGAACCCACAGGAGAAAGACAGGCCACUUGGAGGGAUUGACUUAUCACAGUACGUCAUUAAUGGCCUGUUCUACUUUUCCGUCCCACACAAUGUUUCAAACCGAGUCAGAAGUUCAUCCAUAUAAUGUAUUCUAUUGAAACUCUAUUAAAUACUGCUGUGAUUUUGAGUUUCAAUUCAAACCUGUGAUGUUUGUGUCCCUCUUUCAGUAUCUCACUAUUGAAUGUGAACCCUCAAAACCACCAGAGAUGGGGAUGGGUAGAGAAGAGUCUGAAGUGCUCUCCAUCCUGCGUGCUGUACAUCAAGGCUGCAAACAGGGACUACUUUCUUGUCGGGGACACCACGUCAGUCAAAUGUUUUUUUUUUUUGUUUUUUUUUUAACACAGGAAUUUAUAACCUUAUUACAAACUCCCAUGAAUUUUACUGCACUGUAAAAACUCCUGAGAUGCCACAGUCAAGACAGAUACAAAACAAUGUCUUUUUAACUCCAACAAAAAAUACCUGAGGCCUGAUUUGAGUGAUGACAAUUCAGAUUCAAAUCAAUGUAAAAAUCUUACAUCUUGACAUUUAAAUCUUAAAUCACAAUUUGUUACCAGUUUGGUUGCAUUUAUUACAGUUUCUCAGGAUUUUUUUAAAGAAUCUAAAAUGCCUAUGUCUUAUGUGUUUGCUUUUUUUUUCUUUUUCUUUUGACUGUCCAAGAGUUCACUGAUACUUUGAUGAACCUAAAAAUUAAGGUGUUGUUUUGUCUUUAUGUUUUUUGCUUUUAGAGAGGAAGUGGAUGGGUGGUUCUUUGACCUGUUUUGUGCCCUGCAAAAUCGACCAUACAAAAUUAUCAGUCCAGAGGUGCAACCCCAUAUCAGUAUUUGUACCUAGUUUAGCAUGCAUGUCUUGUACUACUUGUUAUUGUAUCAACUAGUUAUUAUAGGCUUUCUUAGUAUCAGUAACAUAACUUUUAUUUUGCAUUUGUUAUGCUAAAGAAGAUUCCCAAUGGCCAGCCGAUGAUUGUGGUAAAUAUAUUUGUAUAUUCAAGAAAAAGUUGAAAAUUUCAGUAGUUGAAUUCAAACACUUCAAAUAGCUUUGUGAUGAUAUCCAUGCUAGCUUGCUUGGCAAAGUGGAAAGAGAUAGAAGUAACAGAAGUAAUACCAGAUUCAAAACCUUUAUUUUAUCUGAAUGAGAGAUUUAGAGGUAAGAAGGCCAAGUAGUGGUUUUUCCUGGUUGCUAGGUAGCAGUUGCUAGGCUGCUAGUGAAGAUUCUAGAAAGAAUGCUUGACAUCAAGUGAUUCACGAAACAGGAUGGCCCGGCCAGGCUAAGGUUUUCCUGCUCAGAAGUAGGCUAAUACCACACACAAAAAAUCCACUUAACUUAUAAAUUUAUGAUUAUUUUACUCAUGCAAUUAUACACACGGGGAUAUUAUCAUUUGAAAUAUGUCUUUUGAAAUGUUUGAAAAUAUUUUCUCUUAAUGUCUUACAAGAACAUCUCAAACCCUAUCAUACGGAGAAGUAGUGUCAGCGAUGUGCCAGAUAAGGUUGGUCCUUCACGUUCUUAUGUAUUUCAGUGUAAAUUUGGCAAAGAUUUCUGUAUGAUUAUGGCAAAAAAAAAAAAAAAAAAAAAAAAUCAUAAAAUUCCAUCACAAAAUCUUAGAAAUUGUUUUUUUUUCUUUUUGCUAUAAAUGGCAUUUCCAUUUUUAUUUAAGAAAUAGCCCAACCCAUACGAUAGGUCCAACCAGGAACACCCACAUUUGAUGGGCUGAAUAUGCUGCACAUUUCUGGUUGAAUUUCAACCCUCAGUAUAAUGUUCAUGAAUGUCUUUUUGUUUCUCUUUCAGGAAGUGUUAAAGAUACGAUCCAUGUCUGAUCCCUUCUCUAUUUGUGUGGAUGGUGAGCCAGAGAGAGUAAAGGUACCACUUCUUACAAUUUAUAAUAUCAGCCGUUAUCCUAUGGUGUAUUUACAGAGACUGAGAUUGCCUUUACACCUUGUCAUAUUACUCUCCGAUUCAUUAGGAUGAUCCCAAAAGACGUAAAUCCAUGCCAGUAGAUCCAGACUAUGACUACCCAGCAUCCUACUUCAGACAACAAGAGGUAUGGCUGAUUAGUAUUUAUGAUUACACCAGUGAUUUUAAUCACCAUAAAUGGUUUUGUUGGUUAAAUGCCCAAACUUAAACAAAUGUCCUUUGUCUGUUUUUUCCUCUUUUUUACAAAUGUUAAAUAGCUUGGGGAAAAAGUUAGGACGAAUGGCAACACAGAGUCAUUGUAAGUAUUUCUGAUAUAAUAUUUGUGUAAACAUGAUACACUGAAAGAGAAAAUUAUUUUUUGUACGUAUAAGUUCAAGUGUCGAAUGCUGGAAUUGUGAAUUUGAGUACUAAGAACUUUAAUUUUUUUGUGUUUGUCUUUUUUUCAUCCGUCCCUGAAAGGUAUGAAACAAUGGCGCAAGGUAGGCUGGCUUCAGCAGCAGCAGCAGCAGCAGCGUGAGUUAAUUUUAAAUAGAAAAUAUUAUUGACAGAAAAUGUUUUCUAGUAGCAGUGAUUGACCAUCAGCACUGAAAAUUUUUCAAGUGACAGUGAAGUUGCAGAGGUCACCAAAGGCACCCUGAUGAGAUCUAUUGACCUGGUCUAUGUCAGGCAUAAGACCCAGAUAUCCCCACUCCCUACAUGCGAUGAGGAGUCACCCAUUGACGACAGGUAGAUCUCAGUUGACUCAGAGUCAUUCAUUUCUCCCCUUUGUGUGUUUUUGACUUUUCACUCUGUUUUCUGUCAGUGGCCUUUGCUUAUGGUGUUACAUGUUUUGUCAGUGACCUACAUACAAAAAUAGCAGUCUCAUCAGAGACCACAACCUUAUGGGCUCAAACCCCUCUACUGACAACAGUGAGUGUGUUAUUUUUUACAGAAUAGAAAUGUUGACACUUUAGAGCUUGUCAGGAAUCUAAGAAAGGCAACACCAGAGCCUGUUUGUCAACUUACAACAAGAUGACAAUAAUACCUGAGCAUGUUGGCACUUAUCAUUUUUACAGAUUUAUACAUGACUUUACUGCUGAAAUGCUGCCUUGAUGAUGGUACUGAUUUUUAAGGCUUAGUUUUAACUUGUCCCUAUAUACUUCAUAUACGAACCCCUGUCAUAUUUAGGCCACAUCUAUGCCAUAUCUACCUAAAAGUUUAGUUAGACCAAAGAUAGGUUGAUAAAUAUUAAUGUUAACAAAAGUUUGCCAUCUGAGUUAAAUCUUUAACAUGCUGUUGUUCCUUCAACACAUCAUAAAAAGAACUUUGGCCAAAAUUAUCAAGUAAUGUUAUCAAAAGUGAAAAACAACAGACAAUUUAGAAUAGUUUAAGAAAACCAAAUGAGUCAAAUCAACUAAAAACUAUAAAAUCUUUUUAAUUUAGUUAACAUAAGCCAGUGGUUCUCAAGUCCAGUCCUCAAGGCCCAGUGUCCUGCAUGUUUUGGAUGUUUCCCUGCGCCAACACACCUGAUUUAAAUGAUCAGCUCGUUUUCAAGCCAUUACAGAGCUUGAUAACGGGCUAAUCAUUUGAAUCAGGUGUGUUGGAGCAGGGAAACAUCCAAAACAUGCAGGACAGUGGGCCUCAAGGACUGGACUUGAGAACCACCGACAUAAGCUAAUGUAAGCUUACAUUUGCUAACAGUUGCUAACUCCUAUCAUCAACUGGUCAUACCAGUCCAGGUUAGACUGUAACUGCCAAAAACGUGAAUACAGUAAUUUGAAGGAGGAUGGAUUUGAUACCUCAUGACUCAUCACUUCAGUUUACUUUUGAUUGUUAUUGGUACACCAAUAAUUUUCUGAAAUAAUCAUGUCAACCAAAGGUAGUGUUUGCUGUGGAGAGCUACUGUAAGCUAUGGGUCGGACAAGCUAAAGUCAGACUGUAGCUGGAAAAGAUCUGCAUGUAGUUAUUUCAGAAGGAGUGUUUUUUUUUAUUCAUUAUGAUUCCACACUUCUAUUUAGCUGAACCUGCUGAAUAUUUGUUGUCUAAUGAUCAAUUGCUGCAUCUUUAAAAUGUCAGAUAUUUUAAAACUGGAGACAAAAGUCACUCAGUAUUCAUCAUGAUACGCAAUUAUCCUUUUGUUGAAAUCGGGUUGGGAAAAUUGUGCACAGGGUAGCAGACACACAUUGGUGUUGGCUGAUGUUCCUAACCAAAUAAGGUUGUAACCAAAAUCACCUGCAUGCAGUGACUUGAUAAAGGGUGCGUUUUCCUCUUGUGAAUCACCUUUUUCUUUCAGAACCUGAAAACUUCCUGGUUUUGGUCAUCAAAUUAAAUUCUUUCCAUUUUAGGCUGCAGCUUGUCAAACAACACUGCUCACAUGCCGAAAGCUUGUAUCGAGGCCACUGAAACGUUCCCACCUUAAAUGAUUUGGCUUUAACAAAGAUGUCCAAUUUAUUUCUUUGCAAUAUUGCUGUUAAAUUAUCAUCUGUGCCUACUCUGCACUCUGACCAAAGAGACUCAUUUCUCAAGUGCUGCUUAAGCCCUGGCUGUGAUUUGGGAAGAAUCUGCUUUCCCCAUGCAGCUUCAUGGACUAUAUCAAAGAAACAGAUAUAUCAAAGAAAAAUAUGCCUUGGUUUAGUAUUUUACAAUGCUUAUUCAGCCUGUAUCAUACAGCCUUUUAUUUUGUUUUCUGUCUUGUGCAUUCAGACCCAGGUUGUGCUUCUCCUCUGCUUUAGCCUCAUGCUACAUGGCACUCCCUCUUUUCUUGCUGAAGUAAUCUAAUACAAAACAUGUUAUAUUUUCUUACGUUGUUUCUGCCUUUUUACAGAGAAAAUCGAUUGAGUACAGACUUCAGCAGCAGCUCCAGUGACAAUGGUGCCAUGUCUCCUGUUGAGAUGAUGGAAACACAAAACUCAAACAGACUGGACAAACAAAGCUCUACUGAAAGGUACAAAAAAAAAUCUUUGAGCAAACAAACAUUAACUUUUUAUGAGAGUAAAAACAGAAGAAAUUGUGUAAUGAUCUUAGCAUUAGUGCUGUUGUUCAAAAGCGAAAGGAGAAGUUUGAACCCCUUGUGGGACUUGCCAAGUCUGUCUUCGAAAAAGCUUUGUAAUGCUCACAGAAAGCAAGAGAAAACAAAUCAACACGUUCAGAGUGACUCAGUUAAAUAAAUACAGAGAGGAAUGGUGACAUCAACACUGACACGUUGCAGGACUGGUUAGAGAGGUUUGUCAGUUUCUGCAGGCAGUGUAAUGAAAGCAGAAUAUUAAGCAAUGUUUGAUAUUUAACUAGAGCAGCUCAGAUGAAUUCACAAACUGUUUGAAUUGCUGCAGAUGUCAAGUUCCAAGUCAAAAAAUAUGCAUAAAAUGUAUUAACUUUUAAAGCUUUUAUUGCUGUUCUUUUGUUCUGUCAAGCCUUGACACCAUCACCCCAAUGGAGAGAGACUUUGAGAUCAAGCAGGCAGAUCUGAAGAAACACUUGACUCUAACAGAAGUGGAUGGGAAACCAUGGUAAGUUUGAAGAGGUCAGACUACUUUAAAUUAUAUAUGUGGAAAGGCAUAACCACUGCUCAGUUUCAUCACCAAUGUCCAAGCAACCACCUCUGUUGUUGAAAAUUAUGCCGAUGCAGAUGUGUAAAACCUGCAGCUCCUUGAUUGUCUACUUGUGGCUGACAUUGAAAGCCUCAUUAAUAUUCACGUUAAAAUGCUCAUUUUUACAGCUGACCAUAAACAUGUUCACAGUUUUGCACAAAGAUGAUUUUAGUCCAAAAAAUCCUUUCUCUGAUCAUACAGUGGUUUUGUCUAAAUCCUGGUACUUAUCUCUGCCUUUUUUAUUUUAGGCGCACAAUACUUUCUAGACAUCUGUCUGAGCAGGUCAACAGAUAGCUUUUACAGGCUGCAUACAAACAAAGCAGCAGGUGCCGCUGACCUAAAUUCAAUUCUGCACAGGAUGUCUUCAAGCACAGUAUGGAUUUUUUCCAUGGAAGAAAAAAAUUAGUCUUUUUUUUGCUGGACCUAUAAACAUGAAGCCUAUAUGAGAUGAACUGAAAAUAUCUUGACUGUUUCACUUCCUGUACUCGUAGAAGUAAGACAAACAGUGUGAAAUAGGUUAAACUUAUGUUAGAUGGUGGCAUACAUAGAUGGUUAUAAAUAAGAUAACAAUAGGUGCCUCCAGGCAUGACGUCAGAAAAGGUACAGGCACUCACAGCUGAAGAAAGAUUGGAUUUAUUGUGAUCUUAUUGUCAACGUGGCGCCUUUUCACACUGUACCCAAAAGUACAAAGAAACUUAACAACAACAUGUCAGCCCAUCUGUCAACAGUACAGCUGAUAAAAUUCUUUGCCUUGAGGGUGAAAAGCUUUCAACAGCUCACCUCUUGUCCAUCUGUCUUUAACUUAACGCAUCAAAGAAAACCUAUGUAAAUGAUAAUAAUCCCCACAGAUAAAUCAAGUCUAUUCUAGAGAAAAAAAUUUUGGCUAAUGAAUCUCAAAAGCAAAAUCUGUGUUUGUGUGUCACAGUGUGUCAGGGUGGACAGGUCAGCCCCAGUCAGUGUGUCUGUUUCACAAAGGAGACCAAAUCCUUGCCAUUAAUGACCUGCACACCUGCAACGUGGACGAAUUCAACAUGUUUCUGAACAAGUCUCUGAAGAAUGAUGUACGUUCACAUAAAAAUGUCACAAAUAUACAUACAGCUGUGUGAUUUCCUGAUAAAUGUACAAGCAGAUCAUCUGAGAACACUAUUUGUCUCUUCAGGUGAAAGUGACCAUCCUCCGUCUGCCUGGAUGUCAGCCUCUGCACUCACCAAACAUUCUCUGCAUUGACUGA